AUGCGCGGCUCGCACGCCCACAACACGCCCUCGCUCAUCUCCAUCCCAACCAUGAGGCUCGCCAGCUUCCUCCCUCUGGCCACAGCGGCCGCGGCCAUCCCCACAGCCGACCUGCCCGUCGUAACUCGCGACGUCGCCAUCCUCGGCGGAGGCGCAACAGGCACCUACGCGGCAGUGCAGCUCCGCGAGCAGGGCAAAUCCGUCGCCCUCGUCGAGAAAAAGGCAUACCUGGGCGGGCACGCCGAGACCCUCUAUCUGCCCGACGGGGACUACGUCAACUACGGCGUCGAGGGCUACUUCAACAACGAGCUCACAAAGUCCUUCUUCGCCCAGCUCGACGUCGACCACGAGCUCCUCCUCCCGGGCUCCCUCCUCACCAAGCAUGUCGAUUUCUCCACGGGCAAGUCCGCUCUCCCCGCCGCGGGAAUCCUGGGUACCCUUGCGGGCGCGACACUCUACCGCGCAGCAAUCGAGCAAUUCGAUUACCUCGCCACGGGCGCAUACUACCUCCCCGACGAAGUCCCCGAGGUCCUUCUGCGGCCCUUCCGCGAAUUCGUCGACGCCCAUGCGCUCUGGGGCGCGCUCGAGGUCAUCUUCACCUUUGCCGAGAAUGUCGGCGACCUCCUCGAGCGACCGCUGCUGUAUGUGAUUAUGAACUUUGGUAUCCCGCAGAUCGACGCCCUCCUGCAGGGCGGAUACAUCAGGCCCAAGAACGGGACGGGGGAACUCUUCGCCAAGGCGGCGAAUUAUAUCGAUCCGCUGAAUAUCUUCUACUCGUCGUCGGUGAUUCAGGCGAGACGGAACGAAUCGGGGGUUGACCUCGUCGUGCAGAAUUCGGAAACGGGGGAGAAGACUCGAAUCCGCGCGAAGAAACUGCUUAUUGCGCACCCGCCUACGCUGCCCAGUCUGCAGUUGCAGGGGUUCGACCUCGAUCAGGAAGAAACAUCCCUCUUCUCGAAAUGGUCGCAUGUAAGCUACUACGCCGCAGCCGUGACCAAAACGGGCAUCCCCGACGGUCUCAACAUCGCAAACACCGAUCCCACAAACCACCCCGGCAAACUUCCCCUGCCCCCCUUCCUCUGGCAACUCGAGUACUCCGGCGUACCGGGCUACUUCAUGACGAAGAUCGUCGGGCCAGCAGAGAACUUUACCGCAGAAGACGCGAAAGAUCUCAUCGUGGCGAAUAUCCGCGCAAUGGGCGAGGCCGGGACGUUUGACACAACACCAGACGAGAUGGAGAUUGCGGCAUUUGCGUCGCAUUCGCCGGAGACGCUUACGGUUGAUGUGGAGGAGAUCCGUCACGGGUUUUAUAAGCGGUUGUAUGGGCUUCAGGGACGGAGGAGCACGUUUUAUACCGGGUAUACGUUCUGUACGGAUUAUUCGACGCCCUUGUGGAAUUAUACGGCGAGUGUUUUGGACAUGAUGGAUCUAUAG